AUGUUAAAGGAAAUUAUAAAUUCCUAUGAAAAAGCACUUGAAGUUUAACUAGAUUCCAUCCGAGAUAAAGUUAGAGAAAAAGCUCCAUGGACAUUAAAAUACUAAUUUUUAAAUUAAUUGCUGAAAAAUAAAUAAUAAUAAAGAGCUAGAGUGUAAAAAAAGUUUUUCAAAUUGAAAAAAUUUUUAUUUAUCUAAGCAAAAAAAAUAGUAUUAAUUAAAAGAAAUUAUAAUAUUUUUGAUGAUGGAAAUAUUAAAGCAAUUAUUCAGAAUUUCUGUCAAAAUAAGUAAUUAUUGGCAUUAUAUUAGUAAUCAUAAUAUUGAAAGUAUAAUUGACAUAUCACCCAGUAAUCAAAACAUCCAGAACAACAGUCCAUCAAUUUAGAUGUGA